UCACGAAAGGUCUGUGUGUCUGUGCUUAAAUCUGGAGGGUGAAACGAGUCGGAAUGGCAUUGUUCAUCGUUAAUAGAUACUUUGGAGCGGACCCCAGCGGUCCAAGUUUAGAACCCCAGGGUUCAAAAGAAAAUGACAUCAUCCAUACUUUAAAUCUAAAGGCCAAACGGAAGAAGAAGGAACAUGCGUCUGGAACUGGUGAACUUACGAACCAUGCACCACAGCAACAGGACAUGGAGAAUCAUGCCAUGGAAGGCAUUGAAGGACUGUCUUCAUCCUUCAAUGAUGCUGUCUCUUUGGAGGAUUCCAAAGGUGCAGUUGGGAGUGCAGAAAGAAAACUGCAAAAAAAUAAAGUACAGAAGAAGCCUCGGGAGAGAAAGAAGUUGAAGAAAGAGACCUCAGAGACUGAAGGGUUUACCAUCCUUGGGGAAGCAACUGCUGCUAAAAGGCUUAAAGUUGCUAGAGUUCUCCCUGAUUGGUUGGCACAUCCAACUGUGAUUGGGGAAGACUUGGAAGCAGACCAGUUGAUAGUGGAAGACCUCCUUGGUCUUCAUCCUCAGCUGGUGAAGAGAUUGAAGAGCAACAAUAUACAUACCUUCUUCCCAGUUCAGAGAGUGGUCAUUCCAGCUCUGCUUGCAAGCUUUCAGAGCUGGCACUACCCUCCUAGGGAUGUUUGUGUAUCUGCUCCCACAGGCAGUGGGAAAACUCUGGCCUAUGUUCUUCCUCUUGUGCAGGUGCUGAAGACUCGUGUUGUGCAGAGGAUUCAGGCCCUUGUCGUCCUUCCAGUUCAAGACCUGGCCAUCCAGGUGUACAAGGUUUUUGUGGAGUACACCAAGGGUACUCGCCUACGUACUGUAGUUCUUGUGGGACAACAUCUCUUUCAUCAGGAACAGAAAUCUCUUGUUGCAACAGGGCCCCGUGGUGAUUACCAGUCACUUGCUGACAUAGUGGUUACAACACCAGGUCGAUUAGUUGAUCACAUUGAGAAUACACCAGGCUUCACGCUGAAGCAUCUGCGUUUCCUGGUCAUCGAUGAAGCUGAUCGUAUCAUGAAUGAAACAAAGGGGAAUUGGCUGGAAAGACUUGAAAAAGACUUCUUUGUAUCUCAAGAUGGGAUUCCAAUAGAGAGGCGGCAGAUGUUGACUGUUGCAUCUCUGGCAGCUGGACGGAGGCACCUGAGAAAGCUUUUGUUUUCAGCCACUCUGUCUCAGAACCCAGAGAAGCUUGAAGAACUGAAACUCUUUCAGCCACAGCUCUUUACUGUUCUCUCACCCAAGGACACCAUGACAGCCAUAGAUGGAGAGUCAACAGGCAUUGAAGGCAGUUUUGUUGGGAAAUACACCACUCCCAAAGAACUUAAGGAGUACCGUCUUAGAUGUGAGGAAUCCGUCAAACCCCUUGUUAUCAAGUAUCUCUUGUUGACACUGGGCUGGAAGUCAGUUCUCUGUUUCACCAACACAAGACGAGCUGCCCAUCGGCUUUGCCUUCUCCUUCGAUCUCUGGCACCAGACAUCAGAGUGGGGGAAUUCUCAUCUGCUCUCAAGAAAGAAGAGAGAAAGGGCAUUCUCAAGCUUUUUGCUAAUGGAGACACAGAUGUGCUGGUGAGCACGGAUGCAAUGGCACGGGGAAUGGACAUUCCAGACAUCCAAUAUGUCAUCUCUUAUGAUGUUCCAACCUUCCUGAAGACCUACAUCCACCGUGUAGGACGGACAGCCCGAGCCGGGCGUGAAGGUACUGCUGUCUCCCUUGUAUCCCCUUCAGAUCUCAUGGCCUUCCAGAUCAUGAUGAAGACAGCUGGUAAGGAGUCUUCAGUUGAGGAUAUGUAUGUUGAUGAAGAAGAACUCCAGAGUAGUGAGGAAGCCUAUCAUGAGGCCUUGGCACAACUCAAGAAUGCUCUUCAGGCUGAGAGAGUGACUGAGAAGAAACGAGUCUUUCCAGUCAAGAAAAAGGCAAGACAACAAAUAGGAAGAGACAAGAGGUUGAAAGUGAAGGCACACUGAAUACCAUCUGUGAUCUUUUCUUUUGCAAUGAUUGUGAUUCAUUUUUUUCUCCAAUGGACAUUUUGCCAAUCAUUCUGCAAUGAAUGCC